AUGCUGGAAACUGGGUCACGGAUGCCUGCGGAGAGAGUUUGCGCUGUGGAAACUGCGACCUUCGAUGGCAGUGACCCACGUCGUACCGCGCUUUUUCUUGUAGAAGUUCUAGUCAUAAUGUCUGUGAUAGUUGAGUUGAGCCAACGGUUUGCUUCGGGCAGCCGAAGGCUUAGCUUCAGCCAGUGUGCCAGCGCCUUUCUCAGCUGCUCUUCUGACUCUUCUGCUCUGUCGCACUCAUCGAAACGUCAUCAGGGAACUGCAGUACGUCGAGAACCCUUCGCUCCCCUGCAAAACAAAACGCCGCAAUGGAUGUCGGCCGACGAAGCCGUGAAGAAGCUGCUGAAAACAGGGGACAAAGUAUUCGUUCACGGAGCGGCCAUGACCCCGCUAACGCUGGUGGAAGCCAUGACGGAACACGGGAAGAAGGCAGGCCUGAAAAAAGUGGAAGUUUGCCACAUCCACACGGAAGGACCAGCGCUGUACACGAGGCCCGACUGUCAAGGAAUUUUUAGAAGCAACUCGUUUUUCAUUGGAGCCAACUGCAGAGAAACCGUGAAUGCAGGGAGAGGCGAUUUUGUGCCAAUUUUCCUAUCUGAAAUUCCUCUGCUGUUCAGUCAAAAUAUCAUCAAGCUGGAUGUCGCUUUGGUUCAGGUGACUCCUCCGGACGAGCAUGGAUUUUGCAGUCUUGGAAGCAGUGUGGAUUGCGUUCGAGCAGCUUUGCAAAAUGCUAAAUUCGUCAUAGGUCAGGUCAACAAACACGUUCCAAGAACGUUCGGGGAUGGCAUCAUUCACGUUUCCCACUUUGAUGCCCUGGUGGAAAGCCACCGAGAUCUGCCUGAACAUGCCCCGAAAAAGAGAUCCGCUGUUGAAGAUAAGAUCGGGGAACUCAUUGCUCAUGAGUUGGUCGAAGACGGGGCCACACUGCAAAUGGGAAUCGGCAGUAUACCAGAUGCGGUGCUUGCGUCUUUGUUGAACCACAAAGAUCUUGGAGUGCACUCGGAAAUGUUCAGUGAUGGAAUCAUUCCGCUUGUGGAAAACGGGAACAUCACCAACAGCCUGAAGGCAUUGCAGCCCGGAAAAAUCGUUGGAGCAUUCGCUGUAGGAACGAGGAAACUAUUCGACUUCAUGCAUAACAAUCCGUUUGUCGUAAUGGCGGAUGUGACGUACACGAAUCGGACGCAUUUGAUCGCGAUGAACCCGAAGGUGACUGCGAUCAACUCGUGCAUCGAAGUGGACCUCACUGGACAAGUUGUUGCUGAUUCUAUCGGCACCCGGAUGUUUUCGGGUGUUGGAGGUCAGGUGGACUUUUUGCGAGGAGCUGCCCUGAGUACGGAUGGACGCGGGAAACCAAUCCUCGCCUUGGCCUCCAGCACCAACAAAGGGGAAUCGAAGAUCGUUCCCCUGUUGAAGCCAGGUGGCGGAGUGGUGACGACUCGAGCACACGUGCACUACAUAGUCACCGAGUACGGUAUUGCGUACCUGUUCGGUAAGAACCUGCGUCAGCGUGCACACGCACUCAUCCAGGUGUCGCAUCCUGAUCACCGCGAGGCUCUGGAAAAGGCUGCGUUCGAAAGACUCAAGUGCAUGCCGUCCGCUGACUGA